CAGCCCCGCCGGGCCGGGAGGCGAUCGCCAUGGAAACACAGGCCCCGGUCCCGCCCCUGUCUUCCCCCAGGAGAGCGGCGGCGACAGUGGCAGGGGGGUGGGUGCCGCCGGGAGCCCGGCCGGAGCUGCGGCUGGGCCGCUGGUGGCUGCGUUGCCCGGGUGCUGGAAGGUAGAUCUCGGGGCGGGAGCGCUUCCCGGGCCGGGGAAGGAAGGAGGGAGGAGGGAAGAAGGGAGAAGAGGGGCGGGACGCGCGGUGCUCAGGCCGGGCCCGCUCCUCCAUCGCCUCCGCCGCAGUCCCGGCCUCCCACCUGGUGCCAGGUGCCCACCCGCCAUCUUCUCCCGGACCCCCGGCGCCCGCAGCCCCUCGCCGUGUCCCGCGGAGGGCCCACGGGAGUGGAGCGGGGCUCAGCUCGUCAGGGCGGAGCUUGCUUCUCGUCCUCAGUCCUCACGGAGAGGCCCUGACGUGUUGCCAUGGCCGAAGGAGCGGCGGCGGCGGCGUGCUUCAGCGAAGAUGAUUUUUACUGCCCGGUUUGCCAGGAGGUGUUCAAAACGCCCGUGAGGACCGCGAACUGCCAGCACGUGUUUUGCAGGAAGUGCUUCUUGACAGCUAUCAGAGAAAGUGGAACACACUGUCCUCUCUGCCGGGGGAGCGUGACUAAAAAAGAAAGAACGUAUCCCAAAAGGGCUCUAGAUGUUGAAAACAGUAUGAAGAAAGCUUCUGGGGGCUGUAGAUGCUGUGAGAAGCAGGUUAGAUUUUCGUGGAUGAGACAGCAUUAUAAAACGUGUAAGAAGUAUCAGGAUGAAUAUGGUGUUUCUUCUGUUAUUCCAAACUUACAGAUUUCCCAAGAUUCAACAGGGAACAGUAGCAGGAGUGAUGCAAUAUCUGGUACUGCAGAGAUGGCUAAUAAUCAGAUCCUUCAAGGAGAAACAAGUGGACACCCAACCUUCAAAUGCCCUCUGUGUCAGGAAGCCAAUUUCACCAGACAGCGCUUGCUGGAUCACUGUAACAACAGACACCUUUACCACAUAGUUCCUGUAAUCUGUCCCAUCUGUGUGUCUCUUCCUUGGGCAGACACUAACCAGGUUACUAGAAAUCUUGUUAGCCAUCUAAACCUACGACACCGGUUUGACUACGGAGAAUUCGUGAAUCUUCAGCUUGAUGAAGAAGCCCAAUACCAAAAUGCAGUUCAAGAAUCCUGUCAUGUGAACUUUUAAAGUGUAGCCCCCACUUCGUCUUACUGAUUACCUGAGAGAAAAGUUACAUUAAUUCUGGUGGGGAUCUGAAGUGUCUGUUGAUAGAAAUGUAUUCAGUGUCCACUUGGCAGGCUUUUCUCUGUUCUCCUAAGGACUUUUCAUAAGUGAUUUUACUGAAACUCAGAUUUGACAUCUUUACUGAGAUCUCUCCCUGUGGAAUUAGGGACUUCUUGGGAACAUCUCACUGUUGUCUUGACAGGCUUAACUUUACUACUCUGUAAUUGUACAGUUUCUUUUAUUAAUCAUGUUUUAAUUCACCAAAACCAGCUUUGACAGUACCUUUAGAAAGACAUGCAAAGAUGCUCUGUUGCACUGUUGAGUUCCUUUAAGUUCAGUUGUUUGCUAAGAUACCUCUGAAAUGAUAACAGUUUUUAUUUCCUCCCCUCCUGCCCAGGGACAAAGUUUUGUUUGUUGUGAUUCAGUUUUUACCAUUACAAUUGUGUGAAUGAAAACAACUUCAGAAAUAAAAAUCUUUGUUUCCCAUAGUUCAACCUGCAGAGCAGGGGCUGUUUCUUUUUGAUUUACAUUGAGAAAGAACAAUGCUAUUGCCUAGGAGUAAUUACAUCUAUUUUCUCCCCCCUUUGGAGCAUAACUGAAAUAGGAUACUUGCUUGCUAAAGUGAUGGGUGAGGAGCUUUCCCUGUGCUCCCAACUACUAAGGAAGAUGAAAUACAUUCUGAGCAAUCCAAGAUGACAUGCUAAAGGGAUGCUUUUUUCCUGUGUGUGACCAUCUAGUUUUUCCUUUUCUUGGAGCUUUUUGAGAACUUCUGUUCUUGCAUUUGGAAUUCAAGUUUCCAUCUGUUCUCUUUUUCCUGGAAGGCUGGCUAGCUAGAGAACUAAUUGGCUUCAGACCUACUGACGCUCAGAAAGGAACUUACUUUGUAAGACUGUUUAUAAGCUUGGACGUCUCUUGCAUCCAAAGGCUUGAAAAAAUACCUAAGAAGAAAAACUUGCUCUGAAAUAGUUGCCAGCAUGUUUUAAGAGUUUCUAUCCUAGAUUUCAGCAUGCCCAGCAAGACCAUCAUUAGAGAAAACAGAGCAAUAAUGCAAUUUGGACUUGAAGUGGAAAAUCUAUAUGUAAAAGAACUAAGUUGUUGGGUUUUUUUUUAACUUAAAUACUAAUGGAGAUGAGCUGCAUGACUUAAGCCAUUUCACAGCAGUGGAUAAAGCUGCACAGCUUACAUUUUGAGGUUUAAAGAAAGACUGUUCUGAAUCUCUACAUUUUAGGAUUGAUUCUUCAUCCUGUGUCACUCAUCUCCUGUUAUCACAUACUGUUCUUACUGGGUCUUGCAUACAUGGUAGAAAACAUUGCCAGUAAUUUUACAGGCCUGCUUGGUGAUUAAUGUGUAAUAACAUCAGUUGUGCAGCUGAAGUACAGUCUACUACUUCUGCCCUGGCUCCUAUUUGCUCUCCAAAGAGAAGUUUUUUCUUGAAAUACUGGGGUAUUCCAUAUUCCCAAACUGGUGAGGUUGAAGUGCCUCAUUCUGCGGUGUAAUGGGAGUCAGAACUGGUUCUAACACAGUAAGUGUUGGAAUGAAACCAUUCUGCACCUGGCUGAAAGCACAGCUGGCUGAAAUGCAGAACAAGUUGGCUAUUUCAGAAAUAAGAUUUUAUGCUUUCUAUAACAGCUUCAUGUUUUGCAUUUUGCUACUGGCUAAAUACAACAUUUUGAUCUUGUACUCCAGCUUCCCUCUCUGCCCCCAGAUUUUGUCUGUGUGUUUUCACUCGUGUGUCAGCUCUAGUGCUUGUGUGACCACAAACUGAUCAGAGUGGUUCACUGAUCCAACUGAAAAGCUUGUUUGGAUUUUUACUUUUGUUCUCUAAAGCCAAUUCUGAAAUGGUGCCCUUAGAAAGGAAUUCCAGGGUAGCCCAGUGCUAAAGUUUUAGCUUUUUGAACUCAAACCACAUCUCAUGGUGACUUUAUGACUGCAUUACCUUUCCUAAAGGAUUUAAUAGCUAGAUGUGGGUAUAGUUAACUUUUGUUUUUUAGAUUCAAUAAAAUAUAUGAUCUGGCAAUAAAUGCUUGCAGCCAAUACAGAUUCAGAACACCUCAUGGACACUGGAAAUAGUUAUUUCUAUUACUUGAACCUAUCUUAAGGAUUGCAAAUGAAAUGACAUCUCUUAAAACUCUGGGAAACAAAUUUUUCUAUAGCAAUAAUUAGUCAUCACUUGAUGUGUAGUUGCUGAGCAUUUUAGUCCUGUUAAAACGUUGGGAGACUUGAAUACACGUUUUAAAGCCACUGAUGUGUAUUAAUGCAAUAGCAAAAUAACCCAAACAAACCCAAACCCUUACAAAAUGUCUAUCCUCUUUAUUUCCACAUGUUAAAAUCUGUAUUGGCAGGUGCUGCCUUGCUUAAGACUUUCUACUUUUCAUACAAAACUUUUGCAUCCACUGCAUUCAGGAGGUGAGCAUUGACUGAAGAGGAAACUAUUCUGUGUCGAGAUGCUGCUGCUGGUCGUGAUCUUUCUCACUGAAGCUGAGACAUGCACAACAAGCUGUGCUUAUGAUGGGUGAUGCUUGCACUGGAAACGUGCAGUCAUCACCAGGGGAUGCCUGUUAAACUCUUUUCAUGUUCAUGUUGCAUUGUGUUUGGUUUCAAUGUUAUGUUUGAAUUGUACCUUCUGGGUUUUAUUUUCUCCUGUUAAAGUAUUUUAUUUUCUGUUUGUCUUUGUUGCAUAAUAAAGAUAUCAGUCUCCUUGA